AUGUCAGAACGUGAGGAGCUAUCCGAAGCUUGUGGACUGGACGCAGCCGGCGAGUCCAGGAAUGCGCCCCAGUAUUUUUUACCUUUGGCUACAAACAGGCGAGCGAUAGAGCUUGUUGAAGAGGGGGUACUGGAAGAUGCUGCUGGAGAUGUCGAGGUUAUAGUUGCUGCCUGGGUAGAACCAGAAGCGAUGACAGCAAUGAAACCGAGGACAGUAACAAUGCGGGGAUACUUCAUGUUGGGAGAUGA